CGGUGAAAUGGGAUGUAUGCCAUGGUAUUAUGGUUUAGUAGGAUAAAUUCAUUAUACCAGUGCGUUUAUUUUUCUAUAAUGGAUUUGAACAUUUCAUUUCAUGACCAAAAAUGCGACGCUGCCACAGUUCCUCAAUUCCACGACAUUAAUAUUAUUGUGGUAUUUGUGUCGUCAUGGUAGUGGGACGGAGCGGAAGCGAACGCACUACGUUGGCGUCGCUCAAUUACCGGGAAUCGGAGGCGGCGUCGUCGCAGUGGUAUUCAAAGAAAUAAUAAAUAAUUAUCGUUCCCGUGUUGGUACACUGUUUAAAAAAAACCUUGAACUAUGCAAGCUCGGCGCGACAGUAGCCUCUAUCGAGGUACUAGCGGAGUCGCCGCUUAAUGUGUGUUACGGGCGACGUGCCGGCACCAUUAGAUUCUACCACACCACAAGCGCAUGUGCGUUGGCUGGGAAGUGAGUAAGUACUAAGUUCCGUCUUUGUUCGGCCGAUUUCACUUAGCUCACGCACGCGCAAAGUGUUCGCGUCACACACACACCUGCACGCCAACUCGGUAGCACGUAUAACAUUCACGUAAGCUAGCACACCGACGCACGCACCAAAAGCAAACUCACGCACACGCAAACGGGCGCCUGGUAUUAUGUUGGCGAGCUCCGCGACCCGCUGCCCGACCACCGAUACACCACCACAUCAAUGAUCUGGUAGACACCGUUCGUAUUCAUUCGACAUUCGUCCGUCGACAUUGCCGCCCGUACCUCGUUGUCCGAGACGUUCCCACCGUUCUACGAUUCCCGUUGUUCCUGAAUUGGCCACUGACAGCACUGCGUGACCUGUUCGGCGUAGUUCGUUGAAUAACAUUAUUAACAUAAUAUUAUAAAUUAAUAUUUAUACAGUUGUCGCCGUUGCUGGUUUGUUUUUUACUUUUUUCAAGUGCCAUUACCAAGGUGUUAUAUUAUUUUUGUCGAAUAACGUAAUUUAUCGUAUUUGCCCUUCCCACGACUCGAUGAACACUUCAAAAAUGGCUUCUGCGAUCAGCGCUCCAGCAAACGAAGUUUGUUCCCAAAUAUAGUUUCCGAUGUUGAUGCAACUAACCAAAUAUCUCGAUUUUUCAAUGAAGACUAAGGGAUAAAUGUAAAAAAUGAACACGUUGAUCCUGAAAUAAAUGCUAUGGCUCUCAAAAUGAAAGAAAAUUAUCAAAAAAAUGCAAAAAAGCAACAGUCCGCUUCUCCGGAAAAUGUUUAUAUAAACAGAGCCGGUAAAGCAGUAAUAUUGACUAAUGCACAAAUUACAACGAAUAACACACAAAAAAAUCAAGACAAAUUAUCCAAAGAUUGUGAAGAUGUAGAAAGUAUAAAAGGUAGAUUUUCGUGGAAAUUAAUUGCUGGAUACCAUGUACCCUAUAUCGUUAGAGUAAUUAAUGGUGAACAGUUAAAAUUUGUAUCUGUACGUAUGGCUGAAACUCAGCUACUCAGCAACUAUUUACAUUAUUUACAUGAAGAUAUUUAUACAUGCACAUCAGUAAGAGGUUAUUUUAUUACUGAAUCAGAAGCUAAAUUAUUGAAUAAUAUCAACAAAAAACAUGCCGACCAUAUAUACGGGAAAAAAGUAUUUUUUGCAGGAAAAGAUUAUGUUGUGCGAUUAGAAGACGUUAAUGAAUUUUAUGCGUUCGUAGAAGUAUGUUAUAAAAAAUUACAGUGCAAUAUUACUACAGGCCGCAGAGGGAAAUGUGGUUUUAUUCGUAUUAACUCUGAAUUUGUUGUGCCAUAUUGUAUCAAAGAUAACCAAAAAUAUGUCCCACUCUUCUACUUUAAAGGUGAAACAGAUAACCUAAGACAUCGAGCUGUACAAUUAAAAAAUUGGAACUUGGCAUAUCUCAAGUUUUGUUGCAAAGUUCAGCUUAUCAGAAAUGUGUUGUUUGCCAGUGAUUCUUGUACAGUGGCCAGUCUUGAUGAUAUCAAAAAUUAUUAUCCACCGGAAACUAAUUUUGAGGAAUAUUGGCCAGCUAAGUUGGUUGAUACACAACUGCUAAUUAAUCCGAAGUCUACCCAUGUAAAUCCACCUGGUUCCUGGAUCAGAGCACCCCCUGAAGUAGGACCUGCUGAAAACACUAUUGCUCACACUUCAACAGCACCAGCAUCAUUACCACCGAGUAUGCCAGUUAUGAUGAACACAUAUCAAAACGAAUGGCCAGCAAACCAAAUGGGUUCAACGAUGUCUCUAGGCAUUAGUUUGGUAAACAGCGUGGAUCAAGUUGUACCACCACCGCCUUUAGUCCGUGCAGGCAGUACCGCACCAGUAAUGGGUAAUACUGUCUCAUACUCCAACGUUGUACUUAUUAGCCAAUGUAUAACAACUAUGUACAAUCCAAUGACAAAUGGCAAUGUUAUGUCACAUUCAAGUCAAAUGAGACAAGUCUACACUCAACGUCCUAACAAAAGUCAAGCCCAACAACAACAGUUGCUGCAACAACAGCAGAUACAACAGCAACAACAAAUUAUUACCACUCCUCAAACUCGGAAGCCAUAUAGUGGCCAAUCUGUGCAUGGUCGUUUAACCAACACACAACAGCGCAACGCAUUGAGGAAUGCUCGGCCUGUUGUAACUGCUCCGCCCUUAGAAAUCAUUGACUUAUCGUCCCCACCAUCCAGCCCUGUUCCUCCAGCUGCACAGGAGAAUCCUCUUCGUCCUAAUAUUGCAUGGGAAUUGACUAGAAUACCGGAACGUAUGUGGGCGCAUGACACAUUUAAUAAUGAUGCAUAUAAGAUCCAAAGGGCAACACUUCAAAAGAGAAUUAUCCACUGCAUAAACGCUAAACCAUACAUAUAUUCGGAUAUGAUGGUGACAUUAGACGAUUUAGUCCAGAAUGUAUUGCCUUUGUGUACAGUCGCGAGAUGCGCUUACAUCUUAAACAAAUACUUGAAAACGACACUAUUCAUUGGAAAUUCCAAGCAGUUGGCUGUGUUGCGGGAAAAUGGACGCAUCAGGUCGAUGUACCCGGAUGAAACACCCAUGGUCAAGCUACAAGAUGUCACGCAUGUUUUGCCGCAAUUAAAGGCAUUGGUGUUAAAGAAUGAUGAACAAAUACAACAAUAUCAAGCUGCUGCAGCUGCUGCGGGUGGCCCGGCCAAAAGACCACGCACCAGCUAGAAAGGGCCGUGCACGGUUGAAGCCGACCCGACUGGUAAAAGCUGCUGGCGGGCAGUAGCAGCAAUAGCAGUGGUGCAACUUCCACCCCCGCCGUCAUCACCGGUUGGAACUCACCGAUCGUGGCUGACAGCAACGGUUGGUUUAACGCCGGUGCUGGUCUGUCCCGAUCGCCGGACCCGCAUCAUACACCGCACCCGCUGAUGUAAAUAAUAGCUACCAGAGCCGAAGCAACUAACCUCCACCCCUGCCUUACAUGUAAGAACUACUACCACAACUGAGCAUAGGCAUCUGUGUGUCUAUGGAAUGUGCACUACAUCGUUGUUCCCCAUCAUUUCUUAUCGCUUUUUGUUCUCGUUAUUCGCGUUUUCCCACGUUAUUGUCGGUAAAAUAUUUCAGCGCAUUAUUAUUAUUUAUUAUUAACUGAAUUCCUGGCAAAUUAAGAUUUUUGUUUUGACUAGAUCGACGACAAGAUACUAAUUCUGAAUACUUACUAUAUUAUGCUUGGGUGCCUUGUUCCUAUAAAUAAUAUGUGUACAUAGUUUUUAGCGAUAAUAAACCUCAUAAAAAAUUACGCAUAGAAUAACAGUUAUUCUAUGCGUCAUUUUUUAAGUAAUUUACUUACGUAUUGUGAUUUGUGAUGAUUAUUAAUAAAUAUCUUGCGAUGUUGAUAUCUUGACAGUUCAGUGAGUAAUUUCAUUUUUAAGGGUUUUCGGUGGUUUAUUAAUUAUGAGGGCGCUAUGAUGUUAUGUUUCAAUAAUAUUACGUGCCUAAUAUUAUAAAUUACGUCGAUGAAUGGAUUCUGUUACAAAUUCCUGAAAAUCGAUAAGUACGAAUAACAGGACUUUCAAACAUUAUAAUAACGUUAUGAUUAUAACGUUAUAUUUGACAAAAAACGAUUGAAAUUUGUAAACGUUAUUGUAACGGAAUGCGAUAAUCAGAAAUAAUUAAAUGCCGCAAAACAAAGCAUAACAAUUAACGAAAUAUAUUACAAUACAUCAUUGAACAAAACAUAAUGCAAAAUGUAAUUUAUAGAAUAUCAUUAAACGAAAAAUAACCCAAAAUUUAGUUUAUAGAAUACCAUCCCAUUGUGCAAUGGAAAUUACAUAACAUCGAUGCUCUGUUGAAAAACACAUCACCAAAUAAUAUAAGCACGAUAUUAUAAAACUACUAGCUGAUCCCGUGCACUUCGUUACCCGUUAAAUGUACAAACUGUUUAUGACUCAAACUUUGUUCAAUGCGUUAUUG